UUCACCUCUAUUCCAAACAACCUACAACCUAAUCCAGAAUCCGUGUUCUUCAUCCGACAACAAUUUUCUUCUAUCUCUUUUUUCUCCUCCCUUUACGGUGUUUCUGGUCAUAGAUAGAUAUAUUGUUUGAUUCUAUCCAUGGGUUAAAGUUAAAUCUAAAUCUGAUCUAUGCGUUUUAGUGUUGGGUUAUUCGAUUUGGAAUUGCAGUCUUACAAUACUCUCCGAUUUGAUUUGUUGGGCGUGUAAGUCUUUGGGGGUUUCGAAGAGCAUAGAAUAAUGCCUUCGCUACCCGGUCUUCUCCAUCUGCUUCCUUCCUUGAUCAUUUUCCAUGGUGGAUCUUCCUUUCAUCGUCUGAAAAACUUAGAAAAAAGUGAUCGGCGUGGUAAUCUUAGUUAACGCUACGACUCUCGUUUUCUCCGCUUCUCUUUUCUUUCCCUCUUUAUCGUUGUUGUUGUUGGUUCUGCUCCAAACGAGGUGUGAUUAUUCCGUCAACGGAUCGAGAUCCAGGGUCUGGUUUUGCUGUUCUUUCUGUGAUUGUUGUUAUCAGUUCUGUUUAGAUAGCGUUGUAGUUGCAGUUUCAAACGUCGUUUUUAAAGGUGCCUCGGUACCUGAUACCAUUGAUGGACAUGUGCUCUCAUGACAAUUUUGUAAAUAUUCUUGGAAUGACUUUUAGUGAGUCACUACAUAUUGAAGAUGCCCAGAAACCUGUACACGAUCCCCAGGGUAAUGAUAUCUGUAGUGAGAGUGACGAAAAAUUGUGUGGAGCAAUUAACAAGCAAGAGACAAAAGUAAACACGAUGUGUUUGACAAAAUCUGCAACCUUCCCAACUCCUAAUACAACAUUGCCUUCAAGCUCGUCUGAUGAGGAGGCCAAUACAUUGGUCACAGAAUCACUAUCUGAGCAUUCUGCUCAUCAAACUUACUCACGCUCAAUAUCUCUGCCUGUUUGCGUUUCUGUUGAUAAUGGAGUAAAUGUAUCUUGUAAGGCUCCUCUGAAGCUCGUAUCUGCCAUGAAAGGUAGCCGUGAGAAACAUGGGGGAUCACAGGUGAAACUAAAUGUGAAAUGGGCGCCCGAUGUGUAUGAUCCGAUACCUACAUUGUUAUCACACACUGUCAAAAGCAACAAGAAGCAACAGAAAUCUAGAAAGAAGAAGCCUGAAAAGAAGAAUGGGAAGAAGGGUCAAAAGGGAAAUUCGUCUCGAGGGGGCAACAGCAAAGACAAGCAGUUUCGCAAGAUGAGUGGAACUUCUGGUUUGUGCUACAAGUCGAUGGAUUCUUGUGAUAAAGUGCUUGUAGCUUCUACUGAAUUAGAUGCCCUUGAUUCGAACUGUGGAACUAGCUUCUUGAAAAAAUCAGUUACUGAAGUGCACUACUCAGUUGCAGAAGCGCUAUGAGUGAAAAACAAUGAAUGGUUUGUAUUCUUUCCCUUCUCUGUGUAUAUAAAUAAGCACUGUUUUACUGUUGGCUUGUAUGUGAAAAGAAAGAAAAAAGGAUUGCAUGUGGAAAGAAAGUUGUUUGACGCUUAGAGCACGGACAGUGAAGUUUGUAUUUUUAUAUGCCAUGAUGUGAUGAGACAAAUUCUGGUAGAUGAUGCCAUUUCUGUUUUCAUGAAAUCAAUUUUAACUAGAGAUUUUUGGAA